AAAUGGUAAUGUUGUCUACAAAGCUCGACACUAUUCUGUUACCCCUCUUGGACCACGAUCUGGACUAAUACAAUGGGUGGAUGGUGCUACAGCUCUGUUUGGUCUGUACAAACGUUGGCAACAAAGAGAAGCCGUGGCUCAAGUUUUAAAGAACCAGGCUGCUGGAGUCACCAUUAUUCCUUCAACCAUUCUCCGACCAUCUGAGGUGUUCUAUAAUAAACUGAAUCCUAUUUUGAAAGAAAAGGGAAUCAGUGUGGACAGCCGAAAAGAAUGGCCGUUGUCCAUACUCCUUCAUGUCCUUAAAGAUUUGAUGAGUGAAACACCACAAGAUCUGUUGGCCAAAGAACUGUGGUGCUCUUGUAGCAGUGCAUUAGAAUGGUGGGAAGUCACCCAAACAUACAGCCAUUCUACAGCAGUAAUGUCAAUGAUUGGUUAUAUUAUUGGACUUGGAGAUCGUCACCUUGACAAUGUUUUGGUGGACCUAGCAACAGGAGAGAUUGUACAUAUUGACUACAAUGUUUGUUUUGAGAAAGGCAAGAAUCUAAGAGUGCCAGAGAAAGUACCAUUUAGAAUGACUCCAAACAUUGAAAGUGCUCUUGGUAUUACAGGGGUUGAGGGAACCUUCGAGCAUCUUGUGAAUAUGUAUUGAACAUUCUGCGUAAAGAGCGGGAAACACUCUUGACCCUCUUAGAAGCAUUUGUGUAUGAUCCACUAAUAGACUGGACUCCAGGUAAUG